UGGCAGCGCUCCUACCCACGCAGCCCAGGAUGCAGGUAGCCUUCUUGGCAUCAAGGACACACUGAUGACUCCUACUCCACUUCUUGUCCACUGCCACCCCCGGUCCUUUUCUGCAGAGCUGCUGCCCAGCCAGUCACCCCUAGCCUGCACCGGUGCGUGGGACUGAUCCAUCACAAUGGUGGGUGCAUCCUGAGAUACCAAACAACAGGUAUUUUUUCCUCAUUAAAAAGAAAAUAGAAUCCAUACUAAUACACCCGGGGACUGGAGCUGUGUUGUUUGGUUUUGGAUUGAAGCAAAAGCAAAUGGAGCAGCAUUGAAAUGAGGAUUGUGAAACGGGAGCUUUGUGACCAGGAGCGUCCAAUGGGCGGCAGCAUGGCAGAGCUAAGGAUAGCUUGAUUAGUCGAAUAUGACGAGACAGGGGGCACCUUAUUAGCAUGAAGUGUGAUCCCUGGCCUGUGCAUAUCACCCCCCUUGACCAUGUCCCUUGUCAUCCACCUUCUCUCACUUGCUAAUUGUUGGGGAUUGGCCUCAACUGCUUCUGGGAUCAAAGGAUCUGCCAGGAGGAACAUAAGGAUGCACCAGCGCAGCAGAAAGGAGCAAGGGGUGUCCAGGACUCCCCAGUAUCAGGAGAUGGGAGGGGGAGACCUCUGUACAAGGUGCAGGACGGUUCAGUGCCAGGAUGAUAAAUCUGAAACAGGAACCCCCAGAUCAGGACAUGGACAUGCUCACAUGACAUGCAUGUGUCCACAGGACAUAGACGUGUCCACACGACACGGACAUGUCCACUGAAUGCGGACAUGCCCACACGACAUUGGAUGUGCCCAUAGGAUGUGCACGUGCCCAUAGGAUGUUGGAAAUGCCCACAGGACAUGGACAUGGCCACAGGAUAGUGGAUGUGCCCAUAGAACAGUGGACGUGCUCGUAAGAUGCGGACAUGCCCACAGAUCAUGGGCGUGUCCACAGGACAUGGACGUGUCCACAGGACGGUGUCAAGACGGUCAAGACCCUGUUGGAACGUGAUGGUUUGUUUGGAUCUGUGGCUGAAAGGGGCAUUAGCAAUUAUGAGACCUUUAUAUCAGCUGAGGGGAGGCUAUGUGGUGGUGUGUGUAUACCCAGCCACAGGCAAACACGCGCGAACACCUCACCCAUCAGAGCACACAUAUGUAGACAAUAAACGUGACCCAACCUUUGCCACCGAACUGAGCCCAUGGAGGUUCUUUAAGACGAGAUUGGUAUUGGGCUCUCCUGGCUGCGUCUCUUUGCUGGCAUUCAAGAGACUCUUUGCUGGUCCCAGAGACUUCAACCCUGACACUGCAUCAGUGACACGCAAUGACGGCAACAAUGACGUGUGAGAAGGGAUAUGAUAGACAGAGAUGGAAGCAUGACACGCCGCCAUGCACCCCAAUCAUUUGUUUUCUGCUGCUGAAACAGAAGGGGAAGCAUUUCAAAGAGCAAAACCCGCCAGACCCUCUUGUCUACACUGAAAUCUGGGGUCCCAGGCCACGGCCUGGCCAGCUGCCAAUGAGUUCCCCGAGCUUUGUUAAUGACUAGACAGGAAGCUCCACAUAACGCUUUCCCAGGCCCUGAUGGCAGUGCAAGGGCUAUGUUCCACCUUGAAAAAGGGGCCUGGGUCUAACCUCCAACCUGGGAAAAGCAAUACGACUGGGGUCCGACAGGAACAACAUCUCCCCUCGCAACUAAAGGCGCUUGUACAUGAUGUGUUUUGUUUAGAUGCACGUUAUGUAUGAAACACUGCUGUUUAUUACAAUAUUCAUCAAACAGCAUCUUGCCGUUCUGAGCCUCUUGACGGCGCCUCUGAUACUUCGCUAGUAGGCUUUUCUGCACCUGAGUUAAUACGACCACAUCUAUGUUAAAGGUUUUAUGUAGAGCAAAAAACCGUGUGCAGGGCUGUGAAAUAGGAGAAGCAGGACCGUUAACUAGGAGAGACACAAGACCAUGAAGUAGGAGAGAGACAGGCCCACGAAUGGCUCAAGCUCUUGGGCUGGUAACACUGCACCGAAAACCCUUCACCCCAACUCUCCAUCGCUCAGCUCUCCCCUUCUCUCCCCACAACCCGGCAGCCUCCCCACCUCUUCCCAUAGGGUCCCACAACCUCCGAGUGCUCCAGACCGCCACUUUCCACGACGCCGUCUCCGCGGAUGCUUGGGGUAUGGCUCUGCUGGGGGACAUGGAGACCAACUCCCUGGACUGCAGCACCUGCCCCAUCCGCUUCUGCCAGCCCUGGGCCCAGCGAGCCCUGAGUCUGGAGCACUGGAGGAACCUGGAGCUGAUGAUCCACAUGUACCUGAAUAACUUCAUCCAUCAGGUGAAGCAAUGGGCCGAGCAUCUGAACUUGACCUUCCCCUUUGUGAUCCAGGGCUCUAUCGGCUGCGAGCUUCACCUCAAUGGCACCUCGCGGGGCUUUUACACAGCCACCCUGGAGGGCGAAGACUUUGUCAGCUUUGACCGGGACACGCAGGAGUGGGUGGCCUGGCAGGAGGAUGAGCUGACGCGGUACGUACGGGACAGCCUCAAUCGUGACAAGGGCACAGUCAACAUGCUGCACUUCUUCCUUAAUACCACGUGCAUCAAUGAUCUCGGCAGCUUCCUGCGGUACAGGAAGGAGGCUCUUGAGAGACAAGAGCACCCAGUUGCUGUGGUGUUUGCCUGGGAGCCUCCCCUGACACCGGGACUCCUGACACCGUCGCUGCACCUGGUUUGCCAGGUCAUGGGGUUCCACCCCCAGCCAGUCCACGUGUCCUGGUUGUGUGAUGGGGAGAAGGUGGCACCGGGCCCACAAAUGAGCUCCACUGGGAUCCUGCCCAACGCUGACUUGACGUACCAGCUGCGCAGCGCCUUGGCUGUGGCACCAGAGGAUGGGCACCGCUAUGCCUGCCAAGUGGAGCAUAGCAGCCUGCAGGCCGGGGGCCUCAUUAUCCCCUGGGGUAGGUGCACUGCCUGGAUUUCAAGCCCCAAUGUCAAUGCAUGAGUGCACAAGAGCAACCUGAUGAAAUGGUGGUGAGAAUGGUUUUAACUUGGGCCAAGCAAACACCUCUUUUCCCCUAAAACCCUGGAAGAGGUUGAACCCCUGUAACAGAAACUUCCACAAAAUCAAUACAGGGCACAGAAAAUAAGGAGAAGUGCAAAGUACUGUGCUUAGGACAAAUCAAUCCCAUGCACUGGUGCAGGCUGGGAGCUGACUGG